AUAAUGACGCAACCGUGCACCAAACUGUGUGUGACUGUGACUGAAUAGAAUUCGUAUGUCAAAAUUUAGUUUCUAAAUCACGAACUAUGUUUUAAGCGGGUUUUAUUUUGUUUAUCAAUUAAAAAUCAAGCAGUUUUUCAUGGAUAAACAUGUAGAUUCGCAGAUAUUUGUUGGUGAUGUUUACGAUCUUGCAGCAGAAAUAGGCAAAGAAUUUGAAAAACUCAUUGACGUAUGUGGAGCUGACACAAUUAGAGAGCUUAUGACCAAAGUUAUUGUGACUCUCGAAUAUUUAGAAUCGAGUACAGUUGUAGUAGAUCGUUUACAGAGUGAGCUGUAUGACAUAAGAGCUAAAGUUCAACAAUUGGAAUAUGAAAAGUUGGAAAGGGCCGAAUUCCGCAGUAAGUUAGACCAGGAACUUGAAAUAAUUGAAGAAAACUGGCGUAAAGAGACUAGCCACUUAAACUCUCUUGUUGUAAAACUUCAAGAAGAAAACAAACGUUUAAGUGCCAUAAUAUCAGAAAAAGAUAAACAUGCACCAAGUGAUUGUAAAACAUAUUUAUCUGAUGAAGAACUCGUAGUUGUGCAGAAAUUGAAAGAAUUAACUGAACAGCAUCGUGGACAGUUGAUUUUGAAGGAUAAGGAACUUCUAGAAAAGUCAAAUGAACUUGAGAAGAUGCAGUUAGAACUUGAUAGGCUGUCUAAGGCAAACAAAGAGCUUUCUCAUCGAAACAGAUAUUUACAAAAGCAAUUAUAUACAUUGGUUGAAGAAAAAUCGGAUCUUCAAGCCAAUAUUCAAAACCAGCAAAAAGAAUGCAUGGAUUUACAAGCAAAAUUAAGUGUAGCUGUUAAAGAAAAUAUGGACCUUUCAAGUGUUGAGGAUCAGAAAAAAUUGGAUUUGCAAGGGAAACUUAUCAUUAGCCUUGAUGAUCCGAAUAGACCUCGUUUUACAUUAGAUGAAUUGAGGCAUAUUCUUUUUGAAAGAAAUGAUCUCAAAGCUAAAAUUAGUGACUUAGAAGAUGAAUUGAGCUUACAUAAGCCAAAAAAUCUAACUAGCUCAAUAAGUUGUAAUACCAUUUCGGCUGGAGUGGAAGAGGAAGAUCUUCCUGUGCAAGGACCAAUUAAUAAAGAGCCUGAAGAUAAAUUGUAUCCUGAGAAAAAGAAGUUAGGUAUACGUAGAUUUUUUCAUUUUCUUCGACGAAUCUCUGUGGAUAGUCCUGUACCACUAGUGCCAUUUUCAGCUUCCCAUCGGUGACCUGGCCAAAGCUCAUGUAGAUGGAAUCCUGGUUUAACAACUAUACAUAUGCCAUUAGAGUGCCAAUGAGAGAAUAGUUGUAGCCAUAGUCUAUGCCGAAGUACUGAAUGUUGAAGAAGAAUCUGCCUGUGAUCAACUUUUGUGAAGUUUCCUGGAUGAGUCAAGUAUUUGGAAAUUGACUGAGUGUUCCUUCCUUGGAAUAUCACUACCUGUUUUCUUUUUAUUGUAAUUAUUAUUACUGUUAAUAUUUUUAAAUUUAACUAUUGUAUAAAAACCUUUAAUAUUUCUUCUUUUUGUAAAUUACUAUUCAAAUAUUUAAUACUAUAGGAACACAGUUGUAUCAAAAUUUGCAAAAUGAUAGCAUGUAUGUUUCCAUGAGGAGUAAAUAUUCUUGAAUAUUUUUACCAAUUUGCUUGCACUUAUAAGGUAAGAUUUUUCGAAUUUUGUUAUGCAAAAUUUAUAUGAACUUUAAACACAUUUUUACAUAUCUAAAAUAUUUAUUGGAUUGUAGUACACUAAGAAAAUAAUCACCUAUGUAUAUAUCAGGUUACUAUUGUGUAAAUUAACAGGAAAAACAAAAUUUUUAUCUAUUAGUUUAUAUACCAGUGCUGCAUAUUUUACAUUUUAUGAAAACUUUUGUAUUAAUAUAUUUAUAUUUUAUGCGAAAAUGUUACUGUGAUAU